AUGCUGAACUUAAACAUACCCGACGAGGGCCUCAUGGUCCCCGGGCCGUCGUUGCAGGCACCCGACGAGAAACCUACUGCACGAGCUGCAUACCCGGCGCCGUUCGCCGUCAAGAUCAAUGUUACCGAACGAUUUCUAGAAGAGCUGUCAGCCGGAAAGCUGAAUUCCUUACAACUCAACACAGGCAAAGGGCGCAUGUCUCUGCAAGUAGGAAUCAAUCAGUUUGAGUUCAUGCACACCCAUGAGCUGUUCCACAAUGAGCUUUAUCGACAGUCCGACAACGACAGUACCGUAUUCCCGUUGGGAUUGUUGAGGGAUAAGCUGGAAUUGAUGGAGGUCGUGGAAAAGAAGAACGCGGAUGCCGAUCUGUUGGCUCUUAAGCAGCAGAUGGAAGCUCUGCAGAAACAGAAGGAUAAGAAGAGUGUCCAACUUGUCUCGAAUCCAUCCAAGCUCGGACCCGAACUAUCUGGACGAAGAGGUUUGAUCGCUGCGAAAAAGGCGGGUAUCUUAACGGCUCCUUCGAUGAAGACCAAGGUCAACAAGAGGACGAAGUUUUCCGACUCGAUGCCUUCGUCGCCGGCAUUAACGGCUGUAACUUCACCGGCGGGCAAUGUGACAUCUGCACCUAAACCGAAAUCGUUCCGAAAGGAUCCUCUAUUCCUACCGUUAAUACACUUGCUUGCUUUAGGACCGGAGAAGGAACAAACAUUGGCGAUGAAGACACAUACCGACUUGGAUAAAUGUUCUGGGAUAGUAAUACAGCUUGCUAAUCGUGAUGUAUCCGGCCGAUGGGCGCUUUUCGAUAGCAUGUACAAAGAACUUGACGUUUGGAGAUUCAAAUACCCGAAGCAGGAGAUGCGAGAGGCGGCAAUCGAGAAUGCAGAGGAUGCUUUUGAUAGGCUGAAGUUACCGGAGGAUGCACCUGAAUGGGAAAUGCUUCGAAAGCCAGAGGACAGAGGGAAGCCGAGACCACCGCGACAGCCUCGACGGAAGCCGGAACCAGUUGUGGAGCCGGCGAAGAAGAAGCCAGUAGCAGCAGCUUCACCUGCCCUGCCUCCGACAAUAAAAAUCAGCAAGGAGGAACCGGUGACAGCGUCUCCCGCUUCGAGUGCGGAGCCAAUGGCACGGUCGAUAUCACAGCCUGCUGCGACAACAGGGACAAAGGCGCGUGGAGGUGCUGAAAUAGCUGCACUGAAGAAGAUAAUUGGAAAUAGUAAUAAGAAGGGUGCUGCAAAGCCUAAAGCUGCAACUACAAAAGGGACCUCUGGCCGAGAGAAGAAGACAACCACCUCUCCAUCAACCUCUUCCUCGACGAUUAUGUCCACCAAGUUUCCAACAUCGACUCCCACUGUCACUGCUUCUUCCAAAUCCCCAAUUCCUCCUUCUGCUUCUUCUACACCGUCUACGACGCGUCCCAAACCAGUAUCUAGAGCUAGAGCUGGUGCCUACAAGUCUGCCGAAUUCAUCUCCGACUCCGAUUCAUCUGACGAAGACCGUAUGUUGAUAGACACCCCUCCUGUGAAAACAAACUCAUCAUCAUCAUCCUCAUCCUCUUCUUCCUCUUCUGCACAACCUCUUUACAAGAAGUCUUCGAAGAUCAAUCUUCACCCUGAUCGUCCUCAGAACGUUCCUUCGAAACGGCCACCCAGUGUUGCUGCUACCCGAACCGAGCACGCUCCGUCACCGCCUUCUACUAGCAACGGACACAAACGGACAACAAGUUCCAGUGCUUCCCCUGCUAAACCCUCUCCCUUGGGUUCUUCACCUCCCCUAACUGCUUCUGACAUCGUCCGUCAAUCAUCCACAGCUUCAUCUUCCCCUCUCUCAUCCAUUGCUACACCUGACGACGUCAGAACUCCUGUUCUUGACAACCACACUUCCUACACUUCCGUUCCCAUUCACACUCCCAAACCCUCUGCCGACAAGGCUUCAUCGAAGCCAAGAUACAUCCCAGAGCACCGGGAUUCCUCAAGUCCUCAACCGAAACGCAAGACUGACGAUCAACCAGUUGCCCGAAAGCGAGUCGUAUCUUCUACUUCAGAGGAUAGCGACGGAAAUAGGAAGAGAAAGUCGACGGAAGAAGAACGACCGGUGGUGGCCAGGAAGGCCCCAAAAACAUCACAAGCCGCGGACGCGACGGGUAGGGUUCGACAACCCACCCAACCUGAACAAAGGCGUAAGGAAGUCCCAAGGACAACCUACGCAUCAUCAACAGCUUCGACCACGAGCAUGUCGAGCUCAUCGAGUGACACCUCCUCGCGAGGUGAACGAACGAAGUCCCGCUACGCGCGGGCCGACAUGGAGUUGCUUGUUAAAUACAAGCGACUCCAUGACGACUACAGGACGCGGUACGAGAGAGUCCGCUCCGACCCGAAUCCUCCCGAGGAUCGGGUCAAGCAGGUCUUGGACCUGCACAACAGGCUGGCGGAGAUGAAGAUACGGAUCCAAGGAACCGUACUAGCUUCCUAG